UCAGGACAUCUCGUGGCUCGUGAUUUGUUGUCUGUUCUUGUGUGUUUGUCAACAGUUGGGCUCAAGUAGUGAAUACCUGAAACGCCGGCACCUUUCAAUUGACAUUGUAUCGCCGACAGAUCCUUGGCGAAAACACCUUGCAUCGAGCGCAUGAAACUCGGGCGCAUUGCCUUGUCUAACUGCCUUCCAAAUUCGCAAACGAAAUACAUACACCAAGAGCAUCUUCCAUAUCCCAAAUAUUUUUAAAAUAUCUGGCGUUUGUGAUUUGUUAAAACACGUUUGAUUGUAUUAGGACAUAGAACUUAGGACUAGAUAAAAUAUUAACACACAAUACUGCAGCUAACCAGCCCAGUGUGGAUCUACGACAAAACAAAGAGAAACGAAAAAGCGAGAAGCGCACGCCUAUCUAAGAGUGGCAUGAGCCAUCAAUUGGGACUCCGGAAACAUGGUGAUAAUGAGUGUAGUGGGCCACGACCACCUGUACCCGGAGAAGAGAGCCGAGUUAAAAAGAUGACCGAAGGGGUAAUAGAUACCUCUAAGAACUCACCUCCAUCUUAUCUAAACUGGGCCCGCACGCUAAAUCAUCUGCUCGAGGAUCGCGAUGGGGUGGAGUUGUUCAAGAAAUAUGUGGAGGAGGAGGCGCCCGCCUACAAUGAUCAUCUCAAUUUCUAUUUUGCCUGCGAAGGUCUGAAACAGCAAACAGAUCCCGAGAAGGUGAAGCAAAUAAUCGGAGCCAUUUAUAGAUUCUUGCGCAAAAGCCAACUAUCUAUAUCUGAUGAAUUGCGCGCGCAAAUCAAGGCCAUCAAGUCAAAUGAGAUUCCGCUCAGUCCGCACAUUUACGAUCCCAUGCAGCAGCAUGUGGAGACCACCAUACGGGACAACAUCUAUCCGAGCUUCCUCUGCUCUGAGCUGUACAUUCAGUACAUACAGCAAAUGUCGGCGGUGCAGGAGCGCUUCAGCAGCAGCGGCGCCACAGCGACGGGCAGUGCGGGUAGCAGCGGCAGCGGCGGCAGUUGUGGCAGCAACAAUGGCAGCGCUGCCGGCGCCUGUGCUCUGCCGACGGCGGCCAGCAAACAGCUGUCGGGCACAGGUGGAGCUGGCGGGAGCGGCGGCGGAGCAGGCGGCGCUUCGAUGCCACCGGGCGUCUUUAUCAAUCUGCCCAUGAGCAGCGGUACAGCGCUGCCAGCCGGCACAUGCAGUGCCAGUGGCAGCGUGUAUGGUCCAUCAACAUCAGCUAGCUCCAGUGGCUCAAUCAGUGCCACCGACACGCUGCCGCGCAGCUCCACAUUGCCCACGCUGCACGAGGAUUCGGUGCUGUCGCUAUGCGACGACUUCGAGAAGGUGCACGUCGAGGGCAGCGGUGGUCGUGCCCAUAUCGAUUUACCUAUGCGUCUCACGCGCGACCUUCUGAUAGCAACUCAAAAAAGAAGACUGGAAAUUAGACCUCCCGGAGCUCAUGGUUAUGUGUAUACUGCGAGCACCAAUACAUCCUUUGUACCAAACUCUCGCGUCGAUUCGGAGAGGGCAAGCGUUAGCUCCGGCGGCCGCACCGACUCCGAUACCAUGUCACUGUCCAGCUGUUCAAUGGAUGGCCGCCCUUAUAUAGAGCGCAGACAUAGCUCGACGGAGAGUAAAGCCAUACGGCAGAGCGCCAUGGCGAAUAAGGAAACGAACAGCUUUCAGGUUAUACCCCGCACGCAACGAUUACAUUCGAACGAGCACAGACCGCUGUCGGAAAACGAAUUAUUGGCGCUGCUUAUACCCAAGCUGGAGGAGGUGAAACGCAAACGGGAUUUGGAGGAACGUGCGCGCUUAGAGCGCAUGCCCGGCACCUCAUCGAGUGCCAGUGAUCGCGCUUUCGCCGAGGCGAUACGCGAAAAGUUUGCGCUCGAUGAAGACAACGACCAAGACAUUUUGGACCAGCAUGUGUCGCGUGUGUGGAAAGAUCAGACGCCACAUCGCUCGCCCGGCACAAUGUCUCCCUGCCCGCCCAUACCAUCGAGAAGACGCACCGCAACACAUGACUCCGGCAUGGUCAGUGAUGGUGCCAUGAGUCUGAGUGGACACUCAAUGAAGCACUCAAAAUCCAUGCCCGAUUCCAGUUCCUGCUCUAGGAAGCUAACAAAUAAAUGGCCUUCAAUGAACACAGACAGCGGCAUAAGCAUGUUCUCUGCUGACACAGUCAUGAAAUACAAGGACUCAAGCUCCCGGUCUGGUUCAAGUUCGUCAUCAAAAUUGGAGGAAGGAAAACGAAGACUGGAAGACGAGCCGCGUCGCUCUCGUCGAUAUGCCCAACCGCAGCUACAAUCCCAUAUGGUGGCCAUGCAGCAGCAACAGCCAUUAUCCUCCUUCAGCAGUAGCAGCAGCGGCAGCAGUACAAUGCAUCACCAUCAGCCUGCUACUAUUGCAACGUGUCCACCGCCGUUGCCCAUCAAGCCGCCGGAGACGGUUGUUGUGUUCUCAUUCUGCGAAGAGCCAGUUCCUUACAGAAUUAAAAUACCCGGUACUCAGCCGACCCUGCGCCAAUUCAAGGACUUUCUGCCCAGAAGGGGACACUUUAGAUUCUUUUUUAAGACUCAUUGUGAGGACCCUGAUAGUCCAGUGAUUCAGGAAGAGAUUGUUAAUGACUCCGAUAUACUGCCGUUGUUCGGAGACAAAGCGAUGGGUCUUGUCAAACCAUCCGAUUAAACGUUAAGCAUUAAGUGUAGAUUUUGUAUUUAAGAUAAAUUAUGAAAUGUGAGGGAGGUAGGGGAGAAUGAUGUAUGGUGUGUACAUGCAUCUUAGAGAUACAAACUCGAGAAGCUAUUCCCAGAAAUCAAAACUUAAAUAGAACUAACUGUACAUUCAAUAGGCUUUUGCAAGCAUCACAAACUAUUGUACGUGGGGGAUCUGAGGGGGAGGGAGACUGGGACUGGGAUUGGGAUUGGGACUGGUACUGGGGGCGCGGGCUUAUGGGGUAGUUGAUAGUAGGAAGGAGCAAUGUGUUUCAUCAUUUCGUCCUUAACAUCCGGAGGUAUUUUUCUAAAUAAACGUAUGAUUAAUAAUAAUGAAUUAACACCGAAAUCAAUUUGAUGUAUAUGUAUUUGUUAUAAGUCGAGCAACGCGAAUCGUACAUUUACGUAUAUAUGUAUUUAUUGUAUUUUGUAUAUGUUAACACACAAACUCAACGAAGAUCCUGAAAAUUAAGUCAAAACACUUUGUAUAUCCCACGUACCGAACACACACAAACAAACGAUAGAAAUUAUUGAGCACAGCACAAAAAUGCAAAAUGAAAAUGAAAUAAUUGAAAGAUGGAAAAAUUAAGAAAACAAUUUGAUGGGUAUUCCUGAAUUUGGAUUUGUUUGUUACUUUUUACUAACUAUGGACUGCCUGCAAUAAAUUUUGUUAAUAUUUUUA